AUGACAGCCGAUCCAGAGUCCAGGGCGGCGAAGGGAGCCGCCGAUCCACCCGGAGGCGGAGAGGGCCGGCGGCAGGCCUCGGGGAAACGGCAACCGGGGGCAGGGACGGCGACUCGAGGACCACGUCCGUACCUGAAGGAGGUAGGGACAGAGGCGGCGGCGAGAGUCCCGCGGCGGCACGUGGGCGGAGCUGAUAUGAUGGCGGCGUUCCAUGCCUUUCGAUGUCUGCGCCGACGUCACACGCCGCGACGACCGUGGAAGCUUCUGGUACUGGACGCGACGGGGCGUCGGGACCCACGAAGAGAGGCAGCGUCUCCUGACGCUGCGUCGACGGCUGCUGAGUGGGCGCCGGACAAGGCGCUGCGGUGUCAGACUCCUUGGGGGUGCCCAAGGAAAGCGGCUGCAGGACAGGCUGCACAGCCACCGCUUGGGAAGGCGGCCCGGCUGAGGGGUCGACGUCCAUCAGCUCCGAAGGCGGUGGCGACUGAAGAGGGACCGCAGGCGCCGGAGCGACCACCUGGGGCGCUCCCGGAUGAAGCUGCGCGGGAGGCAUCAACGGGACGGGCUGUCGGCGUGGUAGCGGCGACGGCUGCUGCUGCUGCCCUGGGGGCGGCAGCGAAGUCGGAAGUCGCAAUACUGGCAGUCCUGCUCCUAGCAGGUGCUGAAGCUGAUACGCCAGCCAACUGUACCUACGGGGAAGUUCUGGGCACGUGGACAUUUUAUGAAGGAGCCCGCACCUUCAGCAGCUCGGUAGAUUGCUCCUCGUACGAAAUUGUAAAUGAGGAAAAAAUACAUCUGUCGUACCCGAACGUAGCCACAGACAAAUUCGGAAAUAUCGGCACAUGGACACUCAUCUACAACCAGGGCUUCGAGGUCACUGUCAACGGCCGCUCCUACUUCGCUUUCUCGUACUACGAAGUUAAUAACGACUCGUCGGUGACCAGUUACUGCGACCGGACGUUCGACGGCUGGGCCCAUGACGUCACGGUGCGACACUGGUCCUGCUUCAAUGGCCAAAAAGACGAGCAACUGCCCGCCAAGACGCACACCGCGCCAGCCGCAGCCCUGGGACUCAAGAAAGAACUUAAGGUGACCGCUGCAGACCAGAAUCGGCUCAUCAAAGAAAUAAAUCAGGCGCAGCAUCUGUGGAAAGCCAAGGUGUACAAGCAGUUCAACGGCAUGUCAUACAAGGACCUGAUGAACAUGGGAGGAGCCCAAAGCCCCUCAGCACGCCACUGGCCGGAGCCUGCCCCAGUGACGGCGGAGCAGCGGCAGCGCGCCUCCUACCUGCCCAAGCACUGGGACUGGAGGGACGUCGACGGCGUCAACUACGUGUCGCCCGUCAGGGAUCAGGCAAGUUGCGGCAGUUGCUACGCCUUCGCAUCGGCUGGCAUGAUCGAGGCUCGACUCCGUAUACAGACCAACAACACCGUCCAGACGGUCUUCUCCACGCAGGAUGCGGUCAGCUGCUCGCAGUUGGCCCAGGGUUGCUCAGGUGGAUUCGGCUACUUAAUAGCAGGACGUUACGGCAAGGACUAUGGACUCGUGGAAGAGUCUUGUAAUCCGUAUCAGGGAACAGACGCACAGUGUACCACUGACAGCUCCUGCCGCAGGCAUUACGUUUCUGACUACACGUAUAUUGGAGGUUACUACGGUGCGGGGAACGAGGUUCUCAUGCAAGAAGCACUUGUGCAGCGUGGACCUCUCGUCGUCGACUUCAUGGUGUUAAACGACUUCCGGUCCUACACUAGCGGCAUCUACAAGCACGUCGAAACAUCAGCCUCGACACGGGAAUUCAACCCGUUCGUCGAGACGAAUCAUGUUGUACUGCUGGUGGGUUAUGGUGUAGAUGAUGAGACUAAUGAGAAGUAUUGGAUAGUGAAGAACAGCUGGGGAGAGGAAUGGGGUGAAAAUGGAUACUUCAGAAUCAUUCGUGGCGUCAAUGAGGUCGGCAUUGAAAGUCUGCCUUUUGAAGCCACGCCCAUCCCUUGAGCUACUAGUGCCAAAUUUGUCACUA